GACUGUGAGCCAGUUGCGGCUUCUCCGCUGGAUCGUCAGGACGUAGACGAACUGAAAUCUGCCAGCUGAAUGACUGUGAAGCCUGAGCGGCUUUUCUUUUUCCUGGAAUCCAGUUCAGUGCCGGAUUACAUUCCAGUCCCGCUAUUCCCGAGCCGAUGUGUUCAGAGUGACGGGCUUUUCUGUACACACAUACAAAUACACACGGAAUCAUCGAUCGGACGGGCCGCGGAAACUGAAGCUGAUGCCCUUUUGCUUAUAGAGCCUCUUGCAAGCGCGUGCCGCCAGUUGAAACAACUUGCAGUUGCGUAUGGUGUGAGCUUGCGCGCGUCUGUGUGUGUGUAUGUGUGUACCCGCCAAGUGUGGUGUUGUGUGUGUGUUAGAAUGUGACUGUUUGCAGUCGACAAGAAGGAUCCGCACCGGAUAUUGAACCGGAAACCUCUCCCUAGUCCGCAAUAAGUAAUAAGUGAAGGGGAAAACACAGAACGGUCCCUUAGAUCGACUGGAUGUGUGAUGCAAUUUUUGAAUCGAUCGGAAAAAGCGGUUGGAAACUGAAUUACAUCUACCAAACAAAGUUUCGCUCAGCGUUAAAUGCUAGGGGCAUGCAAUCCCCGCGCACUGAUUCGAACUGGCUAUUCUAAUUGGAUUAAAUUCCUCUACUGGGUCUUCGAGUUGAUGAGUGCUGGCGAAGGGAGACUUUACAAUUUCCUGUUGCCCCGCUGAACCCAAGCGCUAAACUACUCAAGCGGGUGCACUGAAAAAAAAAAAAAUAAUAAUAAUUCAAUAUGGAAUCUACAACGUCGGUGGAUCAAAACCGACUGGCGGGUCAACAGCAACCGGUGCCACAAAGCCAACCGAAAGUUGAAUUGGCAGAAGAAGAGGUCGGUAACAGCGUCAUCGAGGGCGGCAGUUAUGAACGACAUUUUUCUCCAUCUGGACAACAGCUGGCCACGCAAACUAAUCUCGAGCCGGGCUAUCAAGUCAAAGCUACCAAAUCUGUUCUGUUUGACACUCGUUCAACCACCCAUGCCCACAACAAGAAAGUUCAAUCAGUGGCUGAUUGUUGGCGUUGGAUGGUACGCGGAAGCAAUCUGGUGAAAGUUCGGCCCAACGGCCGGACCUACAAUCGUUUCUUUUCACUCGACGAGGACCUUUCAUGCAUUCGCUGGGUGCCAACGAGCAAGAAAGCUUCAAAAGCAACUGUUCCAAUAUCGAGCAUCCGUGAAGUGCGCUCUGUCCAUACGUCGGAGGUACUAGGUCAAGGUGCUUCUUCUGUGCCUACAUCUGGCGCAGGUGUGGCCGCCGCCGUGGCCGUUGCUGCUUCCACCACUUCGUCAACAUCUUCUACUUCUGUCGGAGUCGGAUCGAGCACCUCUUCAUUGGACUGGACGUUCUCCAUUAUCCAUGGAGAUGAUUUCUCUUCGUUGGAUCUCAUUGCUUCCUCAGCUGAAGAGGCAACCAUCUGGGUCACUGGCCUCAAUGCGCUUCUUGGCACCCAUUUAUCACCGAACGCGCUGGGAGAGACGGAUGUGCUGCGGGUGCGCUGGCUGCGAGAGGCUUUCGAGAGAGCCGUUUCAGAUACUACGGCCUCCAUCAAUGAGAUCGACAACGCUGACGAGACAUCUUCCAACGCCUUACUCAACCUAGACCAAGAUGCUGCCAUGGCUUUGUUGAAAGAGAUAAACGCCGACUUGGCUGCCAGCCGAAUACGCCAGAAAAUGGCGGAGUUUGAUUCAAUGAAAUCUCCUGCCGAUCGGGGCCGGAUCAAUAGCGACGAGUUUGUCACCAUGUUCCAAGAGAUGGCCACCCGGCCGGAAAUCUACUUCCUUCUCAUCCGCUUCGCCAAUCGGGAUUAUUUCACAGCUGACGAUUUCCUUCAUUUUUUAGAAUGCGAACAGGCGAUGACAGACGUGACACUGGAGAAGUGCUGCCAAUUGAUUCAACUCUACGAGCCGUCCUCGGAAGCAAGGGCGGACAAUCAACUAUUGCUUGACGGAAUGACGCGUUUUCUGCUGUCGGAAGAAGGCGACAUUUUCCAUCCACUGCAGCUGCACGUCCACCAAGACAUGACUGCUCCCAUGUGCCAUUACUUCAUUUCAUCUUCACACAACACUUACUUGCUGGAAGAUCAAUUGAGGGGACCUUCGUCGGUCGAAGGCUACGCUCGCGCCUUGCAAAGCGGUUGCCGUUGCAUCAAAAUCGACGUGUGGGACGGUCCCGAAAUGCCCAUUGUUUACCACGGCAACACAUUGACUAGCAAAAUCGCCUUCUCCGAUGUUAUUUCUGUCAUCGCCCAAUUCGCCUUUGAAGCCUCCAAGUACCCACUCUUCAUUCACUUGGAGAACCAUUGUUCAAUAUCACAACAGAAAAUAGCCGCCAGAUUAAUAACAGAACUUUUUGGACAAGCUCUUCUCAAAGCGGCUGACAAGCCUUUAACUUUAACCAGCCCAGAAGAAUUGAUCGGCAAAAUCAUCAUCUUCGGCAAGAAAUUCGGUUCGGAUCAAUCGGAAGACGGAGGAGAAGUCACCGAUGAGGACGAAGGCGCCGAAACGAAUCGGACGCGGGCGGGUCGGGUGGGACAAGCGUCUCGCCGGCUUCGAAUUUGCCGAGAGCUAUCGGAUCUGAUUGCUUUGAAUCGUGGAAGCAGUAUGAAAUUACCCAGCAGUCGCGAUAAAAAAGUAUUGCAGCAAUGCGGCUAUUCGCUGAGUGAAAGCGCAGCUUCCCGUCUACAUGCGAGCAGUCCCGGCAUGUGGACGGAAAUGGUUCAACGUUCGUUGCUGCGCGUCUUCCCAAACGGCAGCCGAGUCGAUUCCAGCAAUUUCAGUCCGCUAGAAUUCUGGAAUGCCGGAGUGCCAAUGGUGGCGCUGAACUUCCAGACUCCCGGCUUGAUGAUGGAUUUAUACGAUGGCAAGUUCCGCCAGAAUGGCGGAUGCGGAUACGUUCUAAAGCCAGCCAUGAUGCGCCAGCCCGGCUUCAGUAUUCCAUCAAGUCUGAGAGAAAGUGCGCCCAUUUCACCGCCACAGCUUUUACGAAUCCGGAUUAUUAGCGGCCAGCAAUUGCCCAGACCGAGAGGUUCGGCUGCCAAGGCAACCAUCGUCGACCCAUAUGUACUUAUUCAAAUCUAUGGCAUUGCAAUCGAUUGUGCCGAGCGGAAGACGCGCACGAUUCCCGACGAAGGAGACUGUCCCAUUUUCGAAGAGAGUCUCGAAUUUUAUGUACACCAUCCGGAAAUGGCGCUCAUCCGCUUCAUUGUUUUAGAUGACGAAUUUAUCGGCGAUGACUUCAUCGGCCAGUAUACCAUUCCAUUCCCUUGUAUCCGACCCGGAUAUCGACAUGUUAGACUGCUGUCUAAUUUAGGGGAAGCCCUGGAAAACACGACGCUUUUCGUCCACGUGGCAAUCAGCGAGAAAUGGGCCGGAGAGCAGCUGCUACCGAAAAGCCGCAACAAACACGGCAAGAAACAGGCAGUCAUUCGCAUGACUGGACUCAGACAACUAGACGAACAUUUUAAGAGUUCAAUCGGAGCCAUGGUGGAGGCGUCUAGGGCUCGUAAUAACGUGGCUCAGGCGUUAUUCGAAUUGCGCUCCGAAUGCGGACUCCCCAUUACGGCCAACGUGAAACAAUGUCUGCGCGUUCUCCUUCAACGUCUAGCCAAUUGUCCCGAAGUCGUCAGCUGCCAGCUCAGCUCAGACAAUGUGUUUCCUGUUUUGAAAGUGGAGACGAACAGCGGAGGCGGCGUGAGCAGCGGCAACGGGUUGGGCAACUUGCCAACACCUCUGUAUCGCACGCUGGUUGCCUUUGAGAAAUCGAUACUCGAAUGCCAUUUUUUACGGGACAAGAGCCCCGCCAUCUUACGUGAACUCGAACAAGUCCUGAAAGCUCUGGCUCAAUUCCCCGACCACCUGGACUUGAUGAUCGAACAGGCCGGAUUAAAAGGAAAACAAUCCGCACGAGUGUACGACGUCCACGGUUGGAAUCUCAGCCUCAUUACGAGCCACGUAGAACUGCUCCGCCAGUGCCAACGUGAUUGCGGAUUCAUCCUCGAUCAAAUCCGCAAUGCGAAUAUAUCGCUGGACGGGCUGAGCCGACACAAUUCAGAACGAUGUUCUCAACAUCUGCAGGUGGUGUUGUCUUCCUCGUCGGGGUUCGGCAACGCUGAUGAAUCUUCAGGAGGAGGAGGCCCACUGUCUUCUUCAUCAUCUCCGGCACGUUCCAACGGAACUAGCGCCCAUUUACAGCUGUCACGAUGUACUACCUCACCGAUGCCGAUGCAGCCAGAAGAUGUGCAGAAACUAUCCGAACCGAAAUUGAAGAGCAUCUUGAAAAAAUGCAGUUCGGCUCAAGACAUUUGCGCUACAGUCGAUGGGUACGUCUGCAUGUCUGCAACAGCUGCAGCACAUAGUCCUUACAACCUGUACGGCAGUAGUCCCAGUGGUAGCAGUUGUAUCGUAGCGCCACUUGCGUCCAUGGCUAGCAGCAUUAGCAGUAACAGCAGCGACGAUGGCCCAGUGACAUCCAACUCUUAGUGAAAUCUCAAUGUGUGUUGGCGGUUUGAUUGGACGUGUUUAUCUAACCAUUCCACCAAAACUCAAUUUUGUUUUUCUUCGUUAAGGAUUUGAUAGGCUCUGUCAUUUCAGGUGUAAUCAUUACAGGUCGUUAAAUUGUGGCAUCAUGGGAUAAUUAUCUUUUCUUUUCAUCUACAACAAGAUGUUUGAUUCAUUCACAGGCGAAUCAUUCCAAGCCCAUCACAUUGCAUUUUGAAUUGGACGAGGGUGAGAAUGUAAACUUUUGCUAGUCCAUCUAGUCUCCCUUUCGUUGCCAUUUAUCUCAAUGGAUUUUUUUGUUUGUUUGUUAGUAGCUCGUUGAUUAGCCCCAAAUCCACCAUGAUCUUGUCAUACGCCCACCCCAUCAAAGCGCUGAUAUUAUAAAUGUGUAUCGCUAUAUAUAUUGUACAACGCUUGAAAAAAUCCUUUACGCUAUCCCAAUUUGAUAAUUGGCACCUGUUUCGAUGUGAUAAUAUUUUUGUUGUUCUUUGGCCGUUUUUUUUUUUGCAUAUAUUAUAUAACUCUCCUUUUGCGCGCUUCUUAAGCAACUGUCGAAAGCCAGUCUCCUGUUUCUUUAACGGCACAGUAAGUGUUUACGUAACAGAGUCUCUUUUUGAUUUAUGUAUUUAACUAAUGAUGGUCUCAACGAUGAAUGAGUUGAUAUAUUUUUAAUCUUUUUUUUUCCUUUCUGUUUUAUUCGUGCUUAUAUACUAAACGUUGAACCGCUCACUGAAACGUGUCCCUUCGAAAAACAAAACAAUGGUGGACAACAGUUACGUACCCUGCCCGCCAAAGGAGUAUCCAGAUGAAGAGUAAAAACAAAACAGAAGGCGGUUGUUGGGGUUUUUAUAUUAUUUUUUCAAUUCAAAGAUUGGUCAUCGAAACAUAGUCAAAACGACACUGUGUGUCUGUGUCACAACCAAACUAGUCUUUUCAACACGGAACAAAAGGAGAGAAGAAGAAAACGUGUACGAAUGAAUCAUUCGCGUUGAUUUAGCGCGCCGUUGUGUUCGUGCGAAAUCAUAAAAUGAUGUUGUUUCUAGUUUCAAAGAUAUAUAAUAUAUCGGAGAGAUGAAUACGUAGCUGUUAUAACUGUCUGUAUAUCAUUGACUUAAAAAGAUUAAAACCGUGUACCACGCCCGACUUGUUAAAUAUGCCUCAAUAGGAAAAUCGAAUUUCAAGUCUUA